CACAAAAUGUUAACUAUUUACAUGUAUGUAAUUAGCUUUAGCAGAGCCUCUCGAACCGAUCGUUGAGUCUUGUAACGUCACAGCGCAAGGGAGAUGCAUCUAUACCGUUGAUGAGAACUCGCCAGAGGAUGUAACACUGGUCUGUAUGGUCUAUAACGUUCGACCUCCACUAGGUCUGACAUGGGUUAGAAGUGAUGGAAGAGUACCGGAAAAUGCAACUCAACAGAUGCAGGAGAAAGAUGGGCUUUUCAAUAUUUCUUCCAAAAUUCAGGUAACGAAGGCUGAUUUUGAUAAACAAUAUACCUGUGAAGCCAAUGGAGAUGCCGUAAAUGGAACCUCGUCAAUGAAAAUUACUAUAAUUGAGGGUGAUGUUGCAACAGAUUCUCAUGAUCGUGGGAUCAACAAAAGUCUUAUCACCAGCAUCGUUAUUAAUUUCAUUCUACUAAUCCUAUUUGUGUCAUGCCUGAUCUAUUACAAGAAAUAUGGAUCCCCCGGUCCAUUAGGAGUUGUGAAACUUCAAAAGCCAGAACAACUUGGUGAUAUCGAAUCACAACCCUUGACGGAUCAGGAAGAGCUAACCGCGACAAAACUCAGUCAGAAAAUUGAAUUAUUGGAAAACGAAAGAAAGGAAGAUCGGGCUUCUUUUGAAGAGGAAAAACGUGUGAUAGAAUCAAACUGGCAGAAGACUGUAAAUGAUCAGUUCGAGAAGCUGAAAACUCAAGAGCUUACAGUGACAAAACUCAGUAAGAAAAUUGAAUCAUUGGAAAGCGAAAGAAAGGAAGAUCGGGCUUCGUUUAAAGAGGAAAAACGUGUGAUAGAAUCAAACUCGCAGAAGACUGUAAAUGAUCAGUUCGAGAAGCUGAAAACUCAAGAGCUUGCCGUGACAAAACUCAGUCAGAAAAUCGAAAGAAAAGAUCGGGCUUCGUUUGAAGAGGAAAAACGUGAGAUCGAAUCAAAAUGGAAGAAGAUUGUAAAUGAUCAGGUUCAGAUGCUGAAAACUCAAGAGCUUACCGUGACAAAACUCAGUCAGAAAAUUGAAGUAUUGGAAAACGAAAGAAAGGAAGAUCGGGCUUCGUUUGAAGAGGAAAAACGUGAGAUCGAAUCAAAGUGGCAGAAUACACAUAGUAUCGUCGAGAAGCUGAAAACUCAAGCUAAAGUUGGAGUAAGGAACAACAUUCUGAAGAAGCUUGCCAAUACGAAAUGGGGAACAGAUGCCAAAACCAUCCGUACAACAGCGCUUGCUCUAUACCACUCAACUGCUGAGUAUGCAGCCCCUGCCUGGUGUACGUCAUCCCAUGCUGCAAAGAUUGAUCCAGCCAUGAAUGCUACCUACAGAGCAAUUACUGGCUGCCUGCGACCAACAAGAGUAGAUGAUCUUUACCUACUGUGUGGCAUUGCUCCUCCACACAUCAGAAGUGAGGUGUCAGCACAGGAGGAAAAAAUCAAGCAAGAAGAUAACCCUUUUCAUCCACCCUCUGAACCAGCCAAAAGAAACUCAAGUCAAAACGUAGCUUCCUUCACUCGCCUGAACCCUCGAUGGCUCUGCUCACAAUCAAAGGGUCAACAUUAUGGUCCGACCACCUCCAGGCUGUGA